CUUGCUGGAGGUCUUUGGGUGGCGCUGUCCUUUCCUCCUCGCAAGCCCGCUCGGCAGCCGAGCCCGAGGAGGAUGAGGUCGUCCUGUGUCCUGCUCACCGCCCUGGUAGCGCUGGCUGCCUACUACGUCUACAUUCCCCUGCCCAGCUCCAUAUCCGAUCCCUGGAAGCUGAUGCUGCUGGACGCGACUUUCCGGAGCGCACAGCAAGUGAGUAACCUGAUACAUUACCUGGGGCUGAGCCAUCAUCUGCUCGCACUGAAUUUUAUCAUCGUUUCUUUUGGCAAGAAAAGUGCAUGGUCAUCUGCUCAGGUGAAAGUGACAGACACUGACUUUGACAGUGUGGAAGUCAGAGUAUUUGAAGGUUUCCCAAAGCCAGAAGAGCCACUGAAGCGCAGCGUUGUUUAUAUCCAUGGAGGAGGUUGGGCCUUGGCAAGUGCAAAAAUCAGAUAUUAUGAUGAACUAUGUACAGCAAUGGCUGAGGAAUUGAAUGCUGUCAUUGUCUCCAUUGAAUACAGGCUGGUCCCAAAGGUUUAUUUUCCUGAGCAAAUUCAUGAUGUGGUACGUGCCACAAAGUAUUUCCUGCAACCGGAAGUCUUGCAGAAGUAUUCGGUUGACCCAGGCAGAAUUGCCAUUUCUGGUGACAGUGCUGGUGGGAAUUUGGCGGCUGCCCUGGGACAACAGUUUAGUCAAGAUGCCAACCUAAGAAACAAGGUCAAACUGCAAGCUUUAAUUUAUCCGGUUCUCCAAGCUUUAGAUUUUAACACACCCUCUUAUCAGCAAAAUGUGAAUACCCCAAUCCUGCCACGAUAUGUCAUGGUGAAGUAUUGGGUGGACUACUUCAAAGGCAGCUAUGACUUUAUCCAGGCAAUGAUCGUUAACAAUCACACCUCACUUGAUGUUGGAGAGGCUGCUGCCCUCAGAACCCGUCUAAAUUGGACAUCCCUCUUGCCUGCGUCCAUCACAAAGAGCUACAAGCCUGUCGUGCAGACCACGGGCAAUACGAGAAUUGUCCAAGAGAUCCCUCAACUGCUGGAUGCUCGUUCUGCCCCACUCAUAGCAGACCAAGAAGUCCUACAGCACCUUCCAAAGACCUAUAUUCUGACGUGCGAACAUGAUGUCCUGAGAGACGAUGGGAUCAUGUAUGCAAAGCGUUUGGAGAGGGCAGGAGUGGAGGUGACCCUCGAUCACUUUGAGGAUGGCUUCCAUGGAUGCAUGAUUUUCACCAGCUGGCCCACCAACUUCUCAGUGGGAAUCCGGACUAGGAAUAGCUAUAUCAAGUGGCUAGAUCAAAACCUGUAAAGGAGUAAAGUUUCUGAAAGUGUCUCAGUCUCCUGCACCUGCUUUGGAAAAAUAUGCACUUUUUAAUCCCCCUACCUACACCCAUCCCCAGUUACUCUGAGCUAGGGUAUCUCUAUUCCUUGCAGAUUUUAUGAUAAUUUAAUUUUUAAAAAUAAACUUGACUAAUUUAAAGUGCAAAACAUCUGAGUCUGGUUCCCAAAGUGGGCCAGUCUGUCUGUUCUUGUUGUUCAGCCAAACAACUUCAAAUGCCUGCAGCUGCAGAAAGGAGUAGGAACUAGAAAUAGUUUUGGGUCCUGGUUCUGUCAAGAUAUUCUUUUCAGAAGAAAUUCUUUCAGCUGUGGAUGUUAUAGUGACCUUUAAUGACUUAAGAAAAUAUGGUUUCUUUUUCAACUUGUUAGAAUUUACUUCAGGUUCAAGGAGUAUUAAGAACGUGCACUUUAAGCUUAGUGCUGAGUACUGAGUGCCCUCCCUUCUUUGUGGAUGGACGGUUGCUUUUGUUUCCUACAGUUGCAUCAAAGGCUUUCUAGCAAGGACAAGUUUCUCAAAUGAUUUUAUUCCUCUAGAGUGUUAAUUUUAUGAGAUAGCUACCGGGAGUCCAGAUGGAUUAUGAUGAUACUUGAAAGUUAUUUUCCACCACUAUUAUUGAAAAAUAUGAGGUUGCAUGCACUGGAUGUCUGUACAUAGUUAAGUUUUUGUUUUUUUGUUGUUGUUGUUUUGUUUUUGGUAAUGCCUCCUCUCGGGGAGACCUUUUGGGAGCAAAGUUAUGUAGAUUUAGAAUAAAUUUUUCAACACUGAACAAGUAAAAACAAAAAUAAAACAACCAUUAACAAAUGCUUCUGACAUAAAUUACCAAUUGACAUAGAAAAUACAUUUCAUCUUAGUUUAAAGCUAUGAAAAUUACCUUUAGAAGGCCUAUUCUUGAAAACACAACUUUUUUCACUUAUAUGGCUUUAGAAUGGAGCUAUUUUGGUAUAUAUAAUGUACUGUUUAUUUUUUUAAGUUAUUUAAUGUUAAUAUAUGUAGUUAGACAGGAUUUUUCAAAAUAAUGUCUGUAAUAAAUAUUAGAAAUAGUGAUAUUUUUGAAAAAAACUACCUUAGGGUAAAAAAUUACCUUAGAAUUAUAUCCACAUGUAAUUUUAUGGAAAGAGAUAAAAUAGCUAUUAAUACUGUUAUAUAUUAAGCCUAAAUAUUUUGUUGUUCAUAUGCAUAUACAAAUUAGAAUAAUUAGAAAUGUGACUGCACAUAGUAAAGUUGUCUAAGUUUGUAGUGUAAUAGUUUAGGCAAGACUCAGACUGCUGAGCUCUGCUCUUUAUGGUCAGAGGAUCACUAGCUCAUACCCUUCUGGGUGAAGGGCAUAUAUUGGCUCGUCCCCUCAUUAUCUCCUUCCAACCCAUCUAGAAGUUCCAACAGCCUAAGUUUAACUGUAUGUAAAGCUUUCACUGCCAGUGGAAACAUCUUUGGCACAGCAAGAAAUUCUGGUUCUGAUUUGAUGCCUGUGCCUUGGCCCUCCUUCCUGCCAUCCUUAUUUCUGCCGCAGUCCUCACUUCUUUUAGGGACUGAGAGAGAGGCAGUAUAGCUGUGUCAGUGGAAAGAAAGUAGAACCUUCUCUCUCAUUUGAAGGAUGGGUGUUUUCCCACUUCUGGCAAUGGAACAAAAAAUGAAAACUUGCAUACUUAUUUUUCAUUAUAUGGGCCAAUAGCAUUUCAUGUACAAAAACAGAAGUAAAAGCAACAGUGGGCAUAUGUGUAUGUAUAAAAAUAAUCAUAUAAGCUAACUUGGUAGUGUACUCAGGCAAGUUAUUUGCCAUAUCUGGACCUCUUCUUCCUUUCCUCUAAAACCAGAGAGUUGGAUUACUUGAUCUAUGAGGUCUCUUCCAACUAUAAAUUCUAACCAUUUUGUCAGACCAGCAAAUUAUAUUGGCCUUUUCUUCUUUGAUGAUUUUUUGUAGGUCAUAAUUCCAUAUACACAGACACAUGCUUCAGCAAAGAUUUUACUUUCUAGACAACUGGGAUUUUAGUCCUCACUCUAUAAUAGCUACCCUCUUCAUAUAAUGCUAUUCUUUUUGACAAAAUUUGAAGGAACCAAAGUUUGGACCUCAUUUUGGGGUACAUCUACCUCUAAGAAAGCAGAGAAAAUAAUACAUGGACAGAGUUCCUUAAAGUGACAUUUCCCCCAUAAUUGUGAACCAAAUCCUAUAGUGAUUACAGGCAGAAGAUUACAGAUCUCUAAAGGGCUGUCUCAGAUGAGUGCAAGAAAAAAAGGGAGCAACCACUAUUUCUGAUGAAAUCCUUGAGUUUCAUUAAAAAUUUUAAAUAUGUGAAUAAUUUGGCUAAUGAUUUGCACUGUAUCCCACCUUGGAACUUGUUAAAGUGAAAUUCUCCUUAGAAUGACAGUUGGGAAUCAUGACACAUGAAAAUUAUUAGAUAUAAGAGAAACUAAAACAACCAAAAAGUUGUAUGCUAAAAAUUGUAGGAUGCCUACAGUGUUUAUGUUAAAGAUACUUUGGUUUGGGGUGGGCUCGUUGUUUCAGUUAUUCUUAUAGAAAAAAAUGUUUAUUCUCUGCAGAUUGGAUGUUUUUUAGUAUUAUGCCUUUGUUUUGUUUUGCUAUUUUAUGAAAAAGUUGAUAAUCUUUUUGUAAUAUUGUUCUCUGUGAAAUAUAAACAUGAACAUGUGAAGAAAAAAUGAAGUGCUGCAAAAUACAGUGAAGUAUAAAUUAGUUUUAAUGUUUUCUUGUUUAUUUGUGAGGAAUUUAUUACAUAAAUCUUGGUGGAUAUUAUAUUUUAUGCAUGGUCUUCUAACCUUUGACUUUUUGCUUAUUUCCCAGUGCAAAGGGGAAGGCAGAUUUUAUGAAGAAUUUUAGUAGCAAAUAUAUUUUAUAAAAGGAAAAUCUGGAGAUAGGAAAGCAUUUAUUGUUUUGAAUCAUGUUUGGAAAUAAAAUGGCUCCAUCUGGGAA